GCCACGCCCAUCUAAGUAUUUACAAUUACAACAUGGCACUGAGGAAGGUUGCUUUACUUAGGAGUCUCCCAGCUCUUCCUCCAACAUCACAGCGAAGCUCUGGUGGACCCUCUCGCAGGAGAAACUUCUCUCCCCUCCCGUGGGAAAACUAUUUUGACUCCUCACAGGAAUUCACGACCUCAGGCAACAGCAGCAGUAAUAAUGUAUUCCGUGUUUAUUUUCGUGGUCAGAGUGGUCCAGUGGUGUUCUGUCUCCAUGGAGGCGGGCACUCGGCCCUCUCAUGGGCACUAAUGGCGGUUUCACUUACUAGGCUUAUUGACUGCCGAGUAGUUGCCAUGGAUAUCAGAGGACAUGGCUCCACCCAAACUGAGAAAGAAGAUGAGCUGCAAGCCACCACUCUUGUCAAUGAUGUGCUGGAGGUGGUGAGUACUGUCUUCCCUCAGGAGUCCAUGCCCCCCCUGGUGCUGGUAGGACACAGUAUGGGAGGAGCCAUUGCUGUCAGAGUGGCUGCCAGAGAUGUACUGCCCUCACUCUCAGGGCUUGUUGUGUUGGACGUUGUCGAAGGCUCAGCCCUGGAGUCCCUCUCAACGAUGCAGUCCUUCCUGCGAGGGAGGCCUCAGAGGUUUAACUCACUCGAAAAAGCCGUAGAGUGGAGUAUGAAGAGUGGUCAAGUGAGGAAUUUGGAGUCAGCUAGAGUGGCCAUGGCUGGACAACUGACCAGGAGGUGGUCUAGUGGUGAGACCUCUAGUCAAACUGAGACAGUGGUAGCCCCAGCAGUGCAGCCCCUGGCAGUGGUACAGGAAGAGGGUGAAGAUUGUGCUGCAGGGUUACAAGAAGUAGCUGAUGACAAGGCUGGCAGUGGUGUGGAGUAUGUGUGGAGGAUAGACUUGGCUAAGACAGAACCGUUCUGGCAAGGCUGGUUCACUGGCCUCUCCAAACUAUUCCUGAGCACAACGGUACCUAAAGUGCUCCUGUUAGCGGGUGUGGAUCGUCUAGACAAGGAGCUCUCCAUAGGACACAUGCAGGGUAAAUUCCAGCUUCAAGUGUUAUCAGGAUGUGGACAUUUGAUCCAGGAAGACGUACCAGAUAAGGUGGCUGAAACAUUGGCAUCCUUUCUCAAACGCUACCAACUGGCAGUGGCUUCCAAUGACUUUGAAAGACCCCCUCCAGCCUGCUGAUCAUCACUUCCCGAACUAUCUGACAGCAACUAUUACUUCUGUUAUUUUACUUGCAAUCAUGUUCACAGACACUUGAUGAAAUGGGUAAUUGAAUUGA